AACCUUGUGAAGGCUUACUGAGGUCGAGACAAUGGCCGACUACGUGGACGACGCGGAAUACGCGGUGGAACCCGUCAGCGACCCCGAAAAGCUCGAGAUCGCCACCCACAUGCUCAUGGCCAGCCCGCCGGGACAGUUUUGGGAGGUUUUGACAGACAUUAGGAAGCUGCUGCCGGAGGGCCUUCUUGACGACGAGAGAGCCCAAGAGGUGGCCAAAGCUUACAACGCACAGGAGGGCGUCAUUGCCGAGGUCGGCGACCACAACGCCGUCUUGGCCUCGGAAGGAGCUGUAACCGGCGGCGGUUUCAAGGACAGCCUGGGGGGAGGCGUUUUCGCGGUGGAUCACGUCGCGACCCAAGUCACUGGCGAGGGGCCAGCGGUAGGCGACGCCGAGGAGGCCGCCGCAGACCCGGCGCUGGAGGAGCAGCGACAGGCGUUGCAGGAGGCGCUGGAGGAAUACCGAGCCAGCCACUUCUCAGUCGCCGAAAAAUCCGCCGCCUGUGUGUUCGAGAAUGACGGCGGCGGAGGCCUGGUGGCGUACGUGUCCGCCCGCAAGCACAACCUUAGGAACUGGUGGAGCGGGACCUGGAGCGGAAGGUAUACGGUGGCGGUUGGGGCAGGAUCGGCGGAGGUGUGCGGUGCAAUAACUGUGCGGGGGCACUACUUCGAGAACGGUAACAUCCAGCUGCAGACGUCGAAACAAGUUGGAGCGAAAACGGUCGCGUUCACGAGCCCCAAGUCUUUGGCGGAGGCGGCGGUAGCGUACAUCAAGGAAUCGGAGAGCGCGCUGCACGAGGGGCUGGAGGAGAUGUAUGACAGGAUGCCGGGUGUUACUCUGAGGAGCAUGCGGCGCACGAAGCCCAUCACGGCGGACAGCUUCACGUGGAACGUCGCCAAGAUCCGCAUGCGGAACACGCUCGCGCAGGCCGCGACGAGCAAGUAGACACAACAGCAACCCUUAUUACACGUUGUGUUUUUGUUUUGACCAUGUUCGUUGUGUUGGUAGUUUUGUCGACCUUCAUUAGUGGAAGGUCACCUACUGGGGUCGUUUGAAGCGUGAUUAGUCGAGAUCUCAGAGCGCCAAACUGAUACAUCCAAACGCUGACCGCGAAUGGGAGUAGUACCAGACGAUUUGCGGCGAGGGGGGGGGUCGGUGGCGUAUUUCGAGCGAGUCACCCGAACGACGGUUGUUAAAGGUCGCCGUGCUAAUACUUCAUCACAUAGUCUACGACCAAUAGCUUGGAUCACGUGACACCGCGGCCGCUAGCGAAACCGAAAACAGCCGCCAACCGUUGAUAGCUGGGUUCUACUCGCACAAACGAACUGUCUGUAGCAAAACCGUCAAGCAGGAGAUGCCUUCAAGACGUCAUCCCCGCCCUUUGACCUAACGCUGGUCGUCCUUACGUUGUAGAGGAGGCGGGCUAUCUUGGAGCCUUGUUACUCCUUUCCCCUACCGAAAGCAGUCCCGGUGAAUUUCAGGAACACGAAAUGGUUCGUUUGUGGACC